UAUUCUGUAGUGCAAAUUUUCCCCCAAAAACCCUUCCCCAAACCCUCCUUCCCCAACUUCCGAUUUCCGCCGUCGCCACCACCACAAUCGUAACUUCUCGGCCGCCGUCCACCACCGUCUACAGGGGGCCGUAAAAAUGGAACAAAGGAUAGCUAAUUCCCUAAUAAUGACAGUAAAUGAAAAAAAGUUUAUUGAGAGUGCCUUAGUUUCCGAAAUUAGGGUUGACGGUCGACGUCCAUUCGACUAUCGAAACUUAACUAUUAAGUUUGGCAGUGAAGAUGGCUCAUCAGAAGUGCAACUUGGUCAAACUCAAGUUAUCGGUUUUGUUACGGGUCAACUUGUUCAGCCUUAUAGAGAUAGGCCGAAUGAAGGGAUGUUUGCUAUUUAUACUGAGUUUUCACCUAUGGCUGAUCCUUCUUUUGAACCGGGUCGUCCUGGAGACUCGGCGAUAGAGUUGGGACGUAUUGUUGAUCGUGGGUUGAGGGAAAGCAGGGCCGUGGACACGGAAUCACUUUGUGUCAUUGCAGGGAAGAUGGUAUGGUCGAUUCGGAUUGACCUUCACAUUAUAGAUAAUGGAGGAAAUCUUGUUGAUGCUGCCAACAUUGCUGCUUUGGCUGCCCUGUCAACAUUCAGGAGGCCUGAUUGUACAUUUGGAGGGGAAGAUGGUCAAGAACUGAUAGUACAUUCACCUGACGUGAGGGAGCCACUUCCUUUGAUAAUUCACCAUCUUCCGGUGGCAGUAACAUUUGGGUUUAUUGGUAAAGAAAACAUUGUGGUGAUUGACCCGACACACUAUGAAGAGGCUGUUAUGGGAGGAUCGAUGACUGCUACACUUAAUACAAAUGGUGAUGUUUGUGCUAUUCAGAAAGCUGGGGGUGACGGAGUCAUGCAUAGUGUUAUCAUGCAGUGUUUGCGCAUUGCCUCUGUAAAGGCUGGUGAUAUAACAAGCAAAAUAAAGAAUGCCGUUGAGUCGUAUAAUACAGAAAGAUCGUUACGGAAAAUUAAACGUCAUAAUCCUCCACCUGCUGUGAGUGGUAGAGAACCUGAUCAUCAUGGUUCCAGUGAUUCGGCCAAGCAUCAUAUACAAAGAUUAAAUUUGGGGUUAGAUGAAUCUAGUAUUGGAAGCCAAUCAAAUGCAGAUGCUAAUACUAACAAGAGAAACAACACCGCAAAGGCCUUUAGUGGCGGGCCUUCAAGUUGGGAUCCAUAUUCAACAGGUGUUGAUGCUGAUGCAUUGAGAUCCUCUCUAGCUGGCCGUGCCUCACCUGUCGAAAAGGAUGGUGAAGAAUUAAGACAAGAGAAGCCUGAUGAGACCAAAUCCAGCCAACAAGCUUCUGAUACCAAUUCAGUAGCUUCAGCGCAUGAGCCAAUGGAAAUUGGACUAGAAAAGAAGCAACCGAAGACGCUAAAAGAUGCGGUAAAGCCAAGACACAAGAGGAAAAACAAGUAGACCUCAGUGACAUGACAAGUUAGAUUAAAACCAGCUUUUCUUAGGAAGCAAUAUCUGUGCAAAAUUGAAUGAAACAUAUGUGGUAAGACGAGCCUAAAGGGAACUAAAAUCAAGUGAGGGCGAUUCUUAGAGUACAAUUUCGACCUGUGUUAUGCCUGAGCUCCAAUGAGUUGACGGACUAAAACAAAGAUAAGUAUUUGAAAAAGGAAUAGGUCGAAUAUGUCAUAUACAAUGGAUUCACACAAGCUGUCACAUAUUUUGGACCCUUUGCGGUCUUUGUAUGUGCAACUGUUUUUUUUUUUUUAUAAAUAUAUUAAAUGAAUUAGUUUAUGUGAAGUUGUCAUAUCUCAUAUGGGUCAGGUUAACAAACAAGUUUGAAUGUUUGAUAGUGAACCGUAUGAGGACCCUUGAUGAAUUUAUGAUCCUUUUAAUUAGCAUGA